AUGUCACUGCUGCAGUGUUACCACAAAGGCUGUGGAAAAAAAUAUAAUCCGGACGAGAAUUCCGAUGAAGCCUGCGUUUUUCAUCCUGGUGAACCAGUAUUUCAUGACAUUUACAAGAAAUGGAGCUGUUGCGAGAAAAAAACUACAGAUUUUACCGAAUUUUUGAAUAUUCGGGGCUGUACGACAGGGCAGCAUAGCUGCGAGAAGCCGGUUGAGCCAGCAAAGCCAAAAGUGGCUGAUAAAGAACAGGUGUGCAGCUGUUUUCAGCCAUACGCAGGCCCUCAAUCGAUGGAUGAAAUUUGCCAGCACCACAGCGGUGUUCCGGUCUUUCAUGAGGGCAUGAAAUUCUGGUCUUGCUGCCAAAGGAAGACGUCGGAUUUUGACAAUUUUCUUCAACAGGAAGGUUGCACAAAAGGAAAACACAAUUUCAUAAAACAGAAAUCCUCCACCUGUCGCUACGAUUGGUUCCAGACCGGAAACGAUGUCACCGUUAACAUUUACGCGAAAGCAGUACUGCCUCUCGACAGCUGUAUUUCUGCCAGCAGCGUCUCUCUGAUCGCCAUCGACGUCUCGAAGAGUAUCGUAACGAUGAACGCGUCGAAGGUCGAGAUUAAGAUGAAAAAAGCGGAUCUUAUUUCUUGGCCGAAACUAUUCUACACCGAAUCCCCAGAUAUUUAA